UUGUUUGGUAAAAUCGUAAAAUGUGUGUUGCAUCUCGUUGUUAAAACUAUUGAAACAUGAGUAAAAAACAUGUGGCGAUUUGCCGUCUUUGUGUGACGGAAACCUGGAACAGAGUGGCAAUAUUUCCCCGGGGUAAUCUCUCGGAUAACAGAGUCGAAGAAUUGAUCAAACUUGUUGGAAUAGUGGUAAAUCGCAAAACUGAGCCAAAAGCUGUGUUAUGUUCCGAAUGUUUUGCUACGCUAGAAGAGUUUUAUAAAUUUAAAACACAAUGUCAAGAAAACGAUAAGCGUAUGAGAAAUAAUUGUCAAAAAUCGGACAAUUCAAAAGCUCUAGAACAAAGUACAAAACAGGAUGAGAUAACGCAUUCUAGAGAUACAGCAGGCAACGGCAAGACUAACGAAAAGAUAUCGAAUGCUAAAGUUGAAAACGUCGUAUCACCGUCAUAUUCCAAUACACAGCACAAAGCAGUUAUUGGUUCUCAAAGUACUGCUGUUAAUGAAGUAUUUGAGGAUGUGAAUAUGGAAGACAAACAUUCGAAGGUAACUGGGUAUUCAAAGAUACCACCCAGGUUAGUCGGUUUACCGGCGCUAAACAAAAUGCUCGUUCUAUCCGAAUCGUACGGAAAAUUUUUUCACUUUGUGAAAAGGUCACGAUCCAUCUACUACGAUUUGGUUUUUGAGGGAGAACACUAUAAUUCGGCUUUAUUUGGACCUCGAAUAACCUGCUGGCGAUGUAUUCAUCGAGAGAAGCUAAACUGUAACGCUCGAAUUUGUUGCACAAACGAUUACAAACAUUUUGAGAAAAGACACGCUCACUCGCACGGGAUUUUAUUACCAAAAAAAAGUGGAGUUGUGUUUGAACCGGCUGAGGCCCUACCCGAUAUAUUUAAAAUCUGUCGAAAGCACAAUGAAAAGAGAUACAAUAGACAAUGGCAUUCAGAGAUUGGUGGACAAGAAGCGACUUCUGAACCUGCUAGCUCAACUGAAAACCGCUCUAAUGCCUUUUCAGAAGAGUCUAGAUUCAAUGGUGAAGUCUCAAAUUCUACAGAAUUCGUACAAAUAAGUAUAGACGACCUCGACGAUUAUAUCGUUGAGGCACUGGAUGAAUCAAUGACCAGUUUACCCGUUGAAGAUGUUCACGAAGACGGUACCACUUUUGAUAUAUUAGAAGACACCGAUGGCGAUCAGAUAGUUGUAGAAUGUCCACCUGAAUCGAAGGAAAAGUCCAGUAUGGAACAACCAAUCUCACCAAAAGUAACUCGUAAUUCUUCGGAAAAUUCUUUUUCACACGUAGAGGACAUGCGUGACACUAUGAACGAUACAGAGAGCGAUUACGAGCAACCAAUUCCUGUCAACCCCACUGAAGAUGAUACUGCUGAUAAAUUAGAAGGCACCGAUGGCGAUACGAUUGUUGUAAAAAGUGCAAUUAAAAGGCCCAACAUGAAUAAAGUUGAAAAAACAAAGCCGUCGAAAAUAGCUCGUAAUUCUACGGUAAAUUCAUCACACGUGGAUAAGGAUCGUGACACUACGAACAAUACAGAAAGCGAUUCGGAACAACCGACCCAAUUUCAUUUAACGAUUGAUACGGAAGUUGUGGGCAAAAAUGAUUUCAGCAAUCCGGUUCUCGCCAAGUCAUAUCCGGACUAUUUUUACUUCGAAAAGAGUUCUCGUUCGGUCAAUUAUACUCUGGUGUUCUUUGGUGAACGGUUUAAUUCGGCCCGCUUUGGCGUCCAUUACACGUACUGGCAGUGUUCGCAUCGUAAACGAUUCAGCUGUAAAGCAAACCUCACCGUGGCCAAUGAUUAUACAGCAUUCGAACGAAGGUUUCACCAUACCCAUGAGAUAAUCAAUGUUAAGGAGGGAGCCAUUUUUACACCUCAUCAAGCAUUACCGGAUCUAUUUAAAUUAACCAAAAGCCGGUCUGCAUGGAGAAACUUGGAUGAAACAAUAGAUGAAUCUGAACAAAGCGAGCACAUCAAUGACUCUAGUACUACAGAAAAUGGCACAAAAUGCACGGAGACAGUUGCCAAGCAGCGAGUCACGAAAAAGAUACCAGGAACACGACAUAGCCCCAUUGAUAUACCGGAGGAGUGCAGAGUAUAUAGCGUUCCCGAGAUGGAAAAGAUGUUGGUGCUGGCCGAUUCAUACCCAGAAUCUUUUCAUUUCGAGAAAGGUCCCCGCCAAACAUACUUUACGAUGAUCUACAAAGGUGAACGGUACAAUACGCCCUUUUUCACUCCUCGGACCACUUAUUGGCGAUGCGCAAACAAGAGGAGGUUUGCCUGUCCGGCUUUGGUUAGCGUUAGUAACGAUUAUCUUACGUUCGAGCGGAGAUACGACCAUAGCCACGAACAACAGCCGGAAAAGGAAGAAAAUGUAUACACUCCGAAAGAAGAAGCUCUUCCUUUGAUCUUCGAAGCUUGCAGAAGAAUUGUGUAUAAGAAACGUUCGCACGAUAUGGUGAAACGGCUAUGGGCAGAAAAGGCAAUCAAGCUGCAAAAGGCCAAUGAAAAUAAGAGUGUUAAACAUCAAAAUUCUUCUCGAGGCGUAGAAUACGAUUCUCUGUCUGAUGAGUUUUAUGGGUUUGAUACAGAUAAGUAG